GCGGAAACACACAACAUCCGGUCCUGACUGGGUUCCCCGGUGCAGCUUGACGCGGCGGCUUCUCCUCUGGCUGCGUGGCUCAUUGAGUUGAUUGUUGCGUGAACGUUUUUUGCGGGGAGAGACGCGGGACGGAUGGCGAGGCUGUUGUGCGCGCUCGCGGCCGCGGUGCUGCUCGGCGCGGGGGUUCGCGGGAAAACCGUGACGGGACUUUUGAGGAGCGACGCGGCGCGGGAGACGCGCGGCCAGUUCAUCUCUUCAUUCAUGUACCAAGGCGAUGGUGGUCUGUUAGUGUGUCGGCUGGACAACUCGGCUCUGGCCACAGAGAAGGAGUCCAUACUGCUGCUGUACAAGGACACGGACCCGGACCUGGACACCCUGAGCUGCAGCGAGCGGCUGGCCCGAGCCCACUUCACCAUUCCUCUGAGUCAGGAAGAACACAACCAGACGAUCCCUCGACAGUCGUCCCCGACAGCCUGGCAGGCCCUGUACGCUGACAGAUACACGUGUCAGGAAAGCGCCGUGAUUCCGUCUCACCCUGAUCUCAGUUUCACCGUGUUGCUGUUGAACGCAGACGCGGCCGGAAAUCCUCUGGAGCACUUCAGCGCGGAGGAGGCAGGUCUCCACAGUUUCUACUUCCUCCUGCUGCUCGCCUUCUUCAUCGCCUGCUGUAUCUACAUCAAGCCCCUGCACCAGGCCCUGAGGAAAGGAGGCCCCAUGCACACCGUCUUCAAAGUGCUCACCACGGCGCUGGCGUUGCAGGGCGGCUCCGCUCUCUGCAAGUACAUCCACCUGGCCAGGUAUUCUCGAGAUGGUAUCGGUAUUCCUCUGAUGGGCAGCCUGGCAGAAUUCUGGGAUAUGGUGUCCCAGGUGUCCAUGCUGUACAUGUUGCUGAGCCUGUGUAUGGGCUGGACUCUGAGUCGCGGCAGGAAGCCUCAGUCCAGACCUCUGCAGUGGGAACACUCUCCGGCCUCCACGGCUGUCGCUGUCGGUGGAGUCGUCACACAUGGAGUGCUGCUGCUGUGGGAGCUAUACUUAGAGUCCGAGAGGGAACACCACAGCUACCACGCCGGGCUGAGUCUGGCAGGCAUCCUCCUCCUGGUGCUGAGGGUGGGCUUGGCCGUGCUCUUGGCCUCUGUCCUCUACCAGAUCAUCUCCACCGAGAGGAGCACCCUGAAGAGAGACUUCUACCUCAGCUUCGCCAAGGGAUGCUUCCUGUGGUUCCUCUGUCACCCGGUCCUCGUCCUCACGGCUGUUAUCUUCAACGAGCACCAGAGGGAGAAGGUGGUGACUAUCGGUGUCAUCCUGUGCCAGUCCAUCUCCAUGGUGAUCCUCUACCAGCUCUUCCUGUCUCGCUCGCUCUACUGGGAGGUCUCCUCUCUCUCCUCCGUGUCUCUGCCGCUUACCAUGUCCAGAACAAACCAGAGGGGGCGCUACUGAGCCAAUCAGAGGGGAGUUGGAACACGCUGCAAGACCGAGGCUUCCCAGGGGCGAGACUUCCCGAGCACGACGAUGCAAACACGCCGCGACACCACAGGGACUGUUCUCCUUUGCUGUGAAAUGAUUCCAUAGGGAAUAACCAAUGGCACCUGGCGAAGAAGUGACCGGAAACAAUAGCAUGGGUCAGAGGACAUUUACAGCAACACCCUACCUCUAGUGACAGAUGAUUUUUAACAUUGCUGAGCCGGAGGGAAGGUUAUCGAGACCACUUGUGCUCUCCGUUACAACACAGGACGUCCUACCCAACAGCCACAGUACAACUUUGAAGUGAAGGAGGAUGAGGAUGGAGGAAGAUGGAUCCUCGAGAUUUCAACAAGAAUGAAUUUGAUCGUGACUGUGCGGCAGGUAGCGAGGAUGGUCCCGGACCUGAAGGACACAGGCUGAGACCACAUCCUCAUGUCCUCUAACCUUAACCCCAUCCAAAGAGUUUAAGAUUUAAGAAAGACACAAAGAAUACGUUUUUGUUUGUUUUGUUGUAUAUUUUUUUUUAUUUCUGUAAAUGCAGCUCAUUUAUUUCUGUCAUUCCUACGAAUGUGUAGCUCUCCGACUCAAACCCAUUGGUCUCUACCAUAACAUCUACAUCUUUUAAAAAAUGUCUCACUUGUAGUUUUAUUUAAUUUCAUUUCAUCUGUUGGGGACUAGUUUCAGCUGCGGACUGAUACACAUAUGCUGCACGAGUGGGAGCUUUUAGCAGAAAGGUACAUGUGGGAUCAGAUGAAAAUAUAUACUUGAACAUGAGCCUCUGUGGGAGUUUUGUUAAUCACAAAAUGUGCUGAUCUCUUCUAUUAGCUCUUGUUGUUGACUGCUUUCCGUUGACGUGUAUUUAUGUUCACUGUGUUUGAUUUUGUCCCACAGUGACAAUCUUAUUGCAAUUACACAACAACACAAAUCAAUAUGAGGCCCCUGGUUGAACUGUGAGUUCAAUAUUUUAUAUUUAGAUGGUUGGAAAUUUGUUACAGCAAAUUUAAUUUGAGUGUCCAGUCAUAUGUUUUUUUUUACUUUCUAGAGUUUCCAUCUAUUAUAAGUAUUUAUUUUGUCACCUGUGGAAAUAUGGUAGAUGUGGUAACUAAUAAAACACAGUCGUAGUAGCAGCCGUUGGGACGUUUACUAAAAAUACUGUUCUCAGAGCAGAUCACUGUAACCUUGAGCCACAUUUAUGCCGCCUGGUAAAAGUAACCCAGUGCGGAUAAAUGCAAAUGUUUAAGGCACUUAUCCAUCGUGCAGAAGGCGUCUGAUUAUCUAAAUAUUAAUUUUGCCACAUGACAACAAACACAGACGUGCGUCCAGAUUUAAAAAGCUGACAUAAAGAAGGAGGAUUUUAAGAAUCACGGCGCAGGAUCACACAAAGAGACAGGGAUUUUUGUAUCACUAAUUAUGGCAUUAUUUUUAAAAGUAUGCCCACUUUAAGAGUCAAGACGCGCUGCAAACGGCUGCAUGGGACAUUCCUGUGGUUAUUAAUGCUGUAGUGCAUGGCGACAAUACAUAGACACUGCAUUAACCGAUCCUAAUACUAUGAAUACUAUUCAAUUCCUAACAAUGCAACACAAAUGCUAACAAUUACCUGCCAAGUCCUGAUCAUUAUGGGGGAAAAGGAAGGAAAAAGAGGAAAGAAGGGGGGGGGGAGAAAAGGAGAUAGAGAAAGUGACUCCCUCCACACUUCUAAUGCCAAUAAAACUGAUAUGUUUACACUAACUUAUAAAUAAAUCAUUCACCUUUUGUAGAUGUAAUGCAUAGAAAUAAUAAACUGACAGGUAAACCCAU